AUGCCAUUAACACCGAGUCCAACUCCGACUCACAAGAAGGUGAAUUUUCUUGUGACUUCACGUUCUGUUGAUGCUGCUCCAAUUGUGGAUAGUGAUAGUAACAAUCUAGGGAAUUUGACCACAAGAGGAAAAUCGUCGAGUGCUAGAAGUAUUAUGCCGAAAUUGAACUUUCCGUAUAAUAGGACUUCAUCAUCUGAUGUUGAAAAGGCGAUAAGUUUGGCUCCGGAAAGUCCUUGUGAGAAGCCUUCUGUCUCUGGAUCAAGAUCAGUGUCUUUGAGUAAGCUGUUUGCUCCUAAGAUUUAUAGAACUUCUUCGCUACCGGUUGAAGAAAUCGGGCGUGUUAAUAAUGAGUUUGCUUUUGGUGGAUGUCUUGGUGCUUCUCCAUAUAGAAGCCAGGGAUCGAUAGCUCGCACUCGUUCAGAGCCGGUAGAUAGCAAAGAAAAAAUCAUAAGGAAAAUGGAUAAGUUUUUCCGCAUUAUUCCUUCCACCCCAGGUGCAAAGGAAGUUAAAGAAUGGUUAAAAGCUUCUGCAGAAAAGGAUACAGAAAAUGGCGGUGAUGACGGUGAAGAUAUAGCUGAAGAGGAAGCUGUGUGUAGGAUUUGUCUGAUUGAGCUAUGUGAAGGAGGUGAGACGCUGAAGAUGGAAUGCAGUUGCAAAGGUGAACUUGCAUUGGCUCACCAAGAAUGCGCUAUCAAGUGGUUCAGUAUCAGGGGUAACAAGACAUGUGAUGUGUGCAAGCAAGAAGUUCAGAAUCUCCCUGUCACUCUCUUACGCAUCCAAAAUGUUCAAACUCAGAAUACCGGAGCAAGGUCUCAGCAGGAAGACGACUUCAGGGUUUGGCAGGAGUUACCUGUGCUUGUCAUUGUCAGCAUGCUUGCUUAUUUCUGUUUCCUUGAGCAGCUUUUGCAAGGAGUGGAUAUCAAUGCAAUCGAUAGAAUUUUGCUUCAAUCUUCAAAGCCAUUUCUUCACACUAAUGUUGAUUGCAAUGCAUUAUUUGCUGCUGUGGUCAGCAGGCAGAUAAAUGUUGUUAAACUCCUUUUGCAGGUUGGUGUAAGACUUGAUAUCAAGGUCAAAUUAGGAGCUUGGUCUUGGGAAACAGAUACAGGAGAAGAAUUCCGUGUUGGUGUCGGACUAGCCGAGCCUUUUCCAAUCACAUGGUGUGCUGUAGAAUAUUUUGAAUCCACUGGCACUAUACUCAACAUGCUUCUCCAUCACCUCUCACCUAAUAGUUUUCACAUGGGAAGAACUCUCUUGCACCACACCAUCAUUUGCAACAAUGAAAGAGCAUUGAAUGUACUUCUGAAUAAUGGGGUUGAUACAGAAUUGGCCCUUCAAACUACUGAAGAAGAAACCAAUCUAUACCCUAUUCACAUGGCUGCACGCCUCGGACUAUGCAACAUUCUUCAAUGUUUUAUUAAUGGUAACUGUAACUUGGACUCGCAAACAAAACUUGGUGACACGGCGUUGAUGGUUUGCACAAGGUAUAAACAUGAGAAGUGUCUAAGAGUUUUAGUAUCAUCAGGAGCUGAUUUGGGGAUAGUAAAUUCGUUUGGUCAUUGCGCAACUUCAACAGCAACUUCUAUUCAUUGGACUAAAGAAUAUCAGAAAGCAGUUUUGGAUAUAAUUAGAGCCAGAAAGGUUGUUAAGUCUAGCAAUGCGUCUAGAUUUUCAUCUUUGUUAUUCGUCACUCACGCGAAUGACAUAGAGGCUUUGAAAAAAGUCGUUGAAAACAGAAACAUAAAUCUAGAUGAGCAAAAUGAGAGUGGAUUUUCAGCUGUCAUGAUAUCUGCUUCAGAGGGUAGCGUGGAGGCAUUCAAGUUGCUUCUUCACGCUGGAGCUGAUGUAACCAAUCUUAAAAACAAAGAUGGUUUAACAGCUCUAGAUAUCAUAGAUUUGAAACAAAAUGGUGAAGAUGGUCAUAAGGUGAUGUUUGAAUAUGCACUUAAAAAGGGAUGUUUGAAUAUUAGUACUUUAGCCGAAGCGAAUACUCUUCACCGUGCAGCUUGUUAUGGAGAUAUAAACAUGGUUGAAAAACUACUAAAGGAAGGGAAUUACGAUGUGAAUGGUUUUGAUGAAAAUGGAUAUACACCAUUGAUGUUAGCUGCCAGAGAAAGUAAUGGAGAAAUGUGUGGCCUUUUGAUAUCUCAUGGAGCAAAAUGUGAUAUUAAGAAUGAAAGACAUGAAACAGCACUUUUACUUGCAAGAGAAAAAAAUUUGAAAGGAAAUGAUGCAGAGAAUGUGAUCAUGGAUGAGUUAGCUAGAAGAGUAGUAUUGUGCGGUGCGCGUGUGAAGAAACAUACAAAAUGUGGUAAAGGACUUUCAUGA